AAGUGAUAACAUGGACAUGGACCAAGAGAAUAAAUGUGAUAAGACAGUAAUGAUAAGUGGUCAAUAAGCUGUGAUAUUUAAUGCAAUAAAAAAUGUAUCUUUUACCGGCUCGCAGUUGAUUGUGAUAAAGAGUAUUUAAGUUUAAUAAGUGAAAUCAUGAAUGAAUUAAUCACCCAAGCUUUCUUGAAGUUUCCGCUCCUCAUCCCAAACCAUAAUUUUACCAAAUGGAACGGCUAUAUUUCCUGUUCUAAAGAGCAGGAACUGUUAAUUUCAGUGGUUAGUCCAAAAUUUCCAUCUUUAGAAGGCACGAUGGUCCGAGCGCCUACCUCCCUGGCAGUAUCUCCACUGCAAAAAACCACUCUGCAAAAUAUUAUUAGAGGAGCAAACUCUUUUCUAGGCCUUCUGGGUGAACUGCAAAUCUUCUACGCAUCUCUGCUGCCGAACGAGACACCUUCGGUCCACAAAGACAUUCAGGCAUCUAACAAAUCAAACGUAUUCGAGUCUGCGCGCGACAUCUUGGCCGAGCUGACGGACAAAGUUGGGCUCGAUGCUGUACAUUCUCUGUCCGGCGAUCUCAAGAAACUCAUUUUGAUUCACAUCGAUGACAGCGAGAGAGAGCAUCGGUUAGAACUGAAAAUUCCCUCCAACUAUCCGAAGGAUCGUCCUGAGAUAUUGUCCGUUGAUUUGCCGGAAGCCGUCCAACCACAAUUCGCUGAAUUACACUCGAUCAGUGAUUUUUACCAACAGUUUACAUGUGUGAUUCAGUCAUUGCAAGGAUUCUGGCAGGCGUGCGAUGUUUUACGUACGAACGUCAAUGUACUUGAACCUAGAGACCCUAUGUUUAAAGACACCGUAUGGCGAAUAGCAAUCGCGAAUGACGUUUUUGCAUCCUUAAUCCUUAACCCACUGGAAGUUCAAAAUUGUCCGAUUAUCCGCAUUGUCGGCAAUAGAAAAGAUAGUUUAGAGUUUGAAGCUAUUCUGGAGAAAAACUUGAAGGAGCUUGAAUGGGACUCCGAAAGAGAUUUGCUGGAUAAUUUAGGACGUUUGCUGGAAAUUAGCGAGUUUCCUCCACCUGUCGAAGAAGAGGACGAGAAGAUCGCCGACAGUCAGUUGUUCCAAGCUCAAGAGUGUUGCAUCUGUUUCACCUCCAGGGCCGAUGAUAAUUCUGCUCCGCAUAAAUAUUGCAACAACGAGAAGUGCAACGCCUAUUUCCAUUAUGGAUGCUUAUUGGAGUGGUUUCAGUCCCUGCCAACUGGCGAAGUUUGUGAUUCCGACUUCAUCUCUGGCGACUGUUUGAAUUGCGGCAGUAAAAUUUUAUGUCCUGCACAGAAAUGAUGAUAUGAUAGAAGACUCUAAGCGAGACUUGAACCGACCACAAACUGUGAUAAUUUUACGUUUAAGCACUAAUUAUAACUAGUAGACAAUUAAGUUUUUCCCUUCUCCGAAGCGCCUAUUUCCCAUGAAAAAUUGUACUCUAUUUUUCUACGCAUUCAAAAAUACAAAACAUCUCUAAAUGUAA